AUGGAGAGCAUCACGACGUUGACGGUUGGCCGGGUAUCGGGUCUGAUAGCCCUUGGAAAUUUCAUCCUUACUUUUACGUUUCCGCUACUUCUAGCCAUUGUGCUGGUUUAUCAUCUUAGCGAUAGACUGUCUGCAGCAACCUGGUCUGUUCUUGCCCGUCAGCUACAUUCAACGACAUGGCCAACUAUACUUCGAACAGAUUCUGUUGCGGGAAGACAUGUUUAUUGGGGUGUUUCCGUCGUAGCCUAUAUAAAUAUAGGCCUGGCAAUGCUUGGUGUUAUAUCCGGUGUAGUAACACCAUUGGGACUCAGCGAUCAAAUCCGCCCGGCGUCGAGUCGUGACGUGAGCUUUCAUUACGCCCCUGAUCUGUCUAGCUUUGGCAAGAAUACUAUAAGCCGUCCGGAUAUGCCCUUGUCUCGGGAUUGCAUUAUCACCUCUGCUUACUGCCCCGGCGCCUUCGUUCCCGGGGCUGUCAUCGACCAAGGGCAGGGCAACAAGUCCGCAAACCCCAAAAUUACCGCCACCACGAAUAUUCCCAAGAAUAUCACCACCAUGUUUUCUAGUGCCUCAAAAAAAUCGAGUAUAGCGGGUAUACUAGAUAUUCAAUACCGGUUUUGGCUACCAUAUUCUUCUGAAUAUUUCGAUGACCACAAGCCGUACCCUCGAGGCCAAUUACUGCCUCUCGAUUCUCUUAUCUCAAAAGACGAUAUAACCCUAGUUGAAGGUCUCAUUACGGAUAUGCGAUCUGGUGGUAUUGGCUUCCGGAACCACAGUGUGCCGUCUGGGCUUCCUUAUGGAGCUGAGUGGGAUGAGGACAUUUUAUGGGUUGAGCCAGAAAUUUCGUGCGUUAAUACCAACCUCACAUACGAGUUGACUUUGGCCGAUACCCUAAACGGAACCUUUUCAACGCCGAUUCGGUCAAUCGAAUUGGUGGAUGAAGGCGGAUUUUCCAACUUGCGGCACGGUAAUCCGUACAAUGGCUGGCCAAAUAUCACGUAUGCACACCCAAAUACUCAACUCCGGGCGGAUCGAUCAGCUUGGCUGAGCAAUUUCCUCGCCGGUAUUACGUACAACCUCACAGAUGGUGAUGCCGACGCGGUGGGAUAUGGUUUUAAUGUCACCCGUGGAAAGCACUACCCAAUUGCUGGUAGUGUACCAUAUUUCCUGUCGCUAGACAUAGAGGCUAUGUCUCCCAAUGGCGGCUGGUUGAAUCUACCAAGCAUGCCGUUCAACAAGAAUGGAACCUUGACCGUGGGCAACCAUACUAUUCAAAAACCCGAGGAUGGCCUUUAUUGGUAUGGUAUUGGACUCUUCACUGAGCUCAAGGGAAGGUGUACUGGUCAAUACAAUGAAGCAUCGCUGCAAAAUGACUUCAACGUUGAGUGUGGGUACUUUUUUGGAGCAGCGUCGAGGGUAGAUGGGGGAAAUCCCCUAUUCAAGGAGGUCGGGUCGAAAUGGUCGAAACCUAUAUACACCUGCGCUGCUGCUGCUAAGUCUUCAGUUAAGACUGUCUCCUUCGUUAUGAAUGGAACCGCGUCCUUGGAAUCGCUAUCCGUGAAGAAAAUUGAAGAUAAGAAGUAUGCCAGUCCAGACAACUACCCACUUUGGGCAUUGGAAGAUUGGUGGCACCCGGGGUCUGAAGGCGCCUUCGCAGCGCCGCUUUGGGGCAUUGUUGAUGAUUCAUAUGAAAACACACCUGGCUAUAACUUUACCCGAGCUCCCUCAUUUUACCUACCUUACACUUAUUACACUCUCACAUUGUCUUCCAUUGGUGGUCCCCGGGAUAAUCUUGCAGGAGCGUCUUUGCCGUACGGGGUUAUAGGAAAAUUGCUAUCCAACGACUUUUUCAGCCGCCUCAAUGACGACUAUGUCACGUACUCGGGAGCAAGUAACGUUGCUCUUGGGAACAAGUGGCGUGAACUAUCCAACUCAGCAGAAGAUAUUUCAAAGCUUCUCCGUCUUAUUUGGACGGACAUUAUGGCUAGUAAUACUGUCGGCACUAAUAUGCGAGGAAGUGUAUUAAUGGGGGACGGCACAACAGAGGGCGCGGUAUUCACACGAAACGUAAGAGUCCAGGAGCGGAAGGUGACAUACGACUUGCGAUUCGCUAUUCCUGCAAUUCUAUUCCUCGCCUUGUGGCUGUUACUACUGUUCUCAAGUUUUGUUAUGGGGAUAGCUGAGGGACACCCAUUUACACAUCUGAAGAAGCUAUUGAACGAUACAAGUGUUGGCCGAGUUGCAGUUGGCUUAGAGCACCCCCAAAGCCGCGGGUUGCAGAGUGCCUCAACUCAAGACUGGCUGGCUGCAGCAGGCCAUGUACCAGUGGGACUUUCAAGCUCCUCAAAGGCGUUAUCCUGCGCAGAAGAGCAAGAAGGCCGUGGAAAGGGCCCAUCAUCUCACUUACUCCGGUCAAUAUCAAGUGACGGUAUAGAUAAAGGGGCAGCCUGA